AUGGAUCCUGAUUCUAUCUUGAAUGAAUUUGAAAUGCAAACCCAGCGAAGGGUUCAUCCUACAAAGGAAGAACAUGUUAAAUUUUCAUUUGAAGCUUAUGGUUACCUUUGUUCUGGGUUAUGCAUCCCGUUGGCCUUUAGACUUAGUUUGAAUCGCUUUGGAAAAAUUGGAAAAAUANACAAGGAUUUUGAGUACUACGUGAAGGUGAUAAGGUGGUUGGAGUGUAAGGGACAUAUCGAAACGGCGUUUAGGCAGAAAUUUCUGACUUGGUAUAGCUUGAGAGCAACCCCACAGGAGGUGAGGGUUGUUAAGGUCUUUGUCGACACUCUCUUUGAAGAUCCAGCAUCUCUUGCAGGGCAGCUUGUUGAUUCCUUUUCAGAAGUUAUUUCAAGCAAGAGAUGUGCUGCUGUGCCAGCUGGGUUUUGCCUAAAGCUUUGGCAUUGA